AUGUCAGAUGUAUUUGAUAAGAUGGGAUACAUGUGUAAAACACACUCGUCACUCACGGCUCAGCAGACUAAGGACGUCAUGAAAAACAUUAGGGAUGGUGAUGAGCUAACAGACGUCGGAUGUGCUAUAUUUGUCAUUUGUGGAUAUAGUGUAAAUGGCAGGAGUGUUCUUACGUCUGACAUGAAAUGUGUAGACAUCGACUAUAUGUUGAAUGCGUUCAAAGAUUCCGAAUGUCCUCAGCUCAAAAACAAACCCAAACUUUUCAUUUUCAACUUGUUUAACAUGAAUGAAGUUAUCGAGACUUCAAGCAGUGAAAGUCCAAAAGUGAUGAGGUUGACAGAUCCCCUGAACGACAUGGCUUGUCUAUAUUCGAACAGCAUUGGUGUGAACUGCGUCCCGAAUGGGAAAGGAACCUCCUUCAGCUGGUCCUUGUGUCGCACUUUGGCAGAACAUGCUGCUGAGCAUGAACUUUGUGAUUUUUACAGAGAAUUCCUGAAAGAAUACAACAAGAGCUCUCCUAGUUUCUCACCUGAAUUGAGGUACUUUGGCUUCACCAAGAAAUUCUUCUUUAAUCCUAUGUAA